AUGCAUGUGGUUUACGACAUCGAAUCCCUUUUCUUGCAAGAUGGUUUCCAUCCUUUAACCAAUUGGUAUUCCAUCGAAAAGGCGAAAUUUGUAGAGAAAAUUCAUGACGUAGAAGUCGUAGAAGGAAAGAGUGUUAGUUUAUCUUGCAAUGUGACUCCUCCAGGCCAUGACAAAGUCUAUAUGGUAUUCUGGUUUCAACACGGAUCAGGCAUACCAAUUUACAGUUUCGAUGUGCGAGGAAAACCUCUAGAGCAGGCGCGCCAUUGGUCGGCACCGGAAGUUUUCGGUUCGAGAGCGUACUUCCGGACUUCUAGUGAUCCUGCACAUCUUGUCGUCGACGAUAUUCGUCGACAUGACGAAGGAGUUUACAGAUGCAGAGUCGACUUUAGAAACGCCCAAACCCGCAGCUUUCUCUACAACUUAACAGUUGUUGUUCCACCUGAGCAAACUGUCAUUUUGGACAAAUGGGGCCGGAAACUAAAUGGCACGGUAGGUCCCCACGAAGAAGGCGAUGACGUCUACUUAACAUGUAGAACGGUCGGAGGUCAUCCCGAGCCUGUUGUCCGCUGGUUGGUCAACGGUAUCAUUGAAGAUGAGCAGUACGAACAUAACGCAGGGGAUGUUAUCGAGAAUCGCUUUUUGUGGCCAUCCGUUACAAGGAAAGACGUCGACGCAAUCUUUACUUGUCAGGCAUUCAACACACAACUGAUUGACCCCAAAGAGGCCAUGGUCACUCUCGACUUGAACUUGAAACCGUUAACGGUGGAGAUAGAGAAGAAAGAAGAAACAUUUGUUGCUGAUAGACGGUACGAAGUUAACUGCACUUCAGCCGGUUCAAGACCUCCAGCAGUUAUCACAUGGUACAAAGGAAAGCGGCAACUGAGAAGGACUCGGGAGGAAACGAAGGAUAACAUCACGACCAGCAUUUUAAGUUUCGUACCAACGACUGAAGACGAUGAAAAAUCCAUAACAUGCCGUGCCGAAAAUCCGAAGGUUUCCGGAUUAUUCCUUGAAACGUCCUGGAAGAUUGGCGUUGUUUACCCUCCGAUUGUUUCGCUGCGCUUAGGAAGCACGCUCAAUGCCGAUGACAUCAAGGAAGGGGACGAUGUUUAUUUCGAAUGUCAUGUCAAAGCUAAUCCUCUUUGGAGACGACUCACAUGGAUUCAUGACGGCGUAAUUCUCAAUCAAAAUGUAUCGGCCCGAAUAAUCCGGAGCAAUCAAAGUUUGGUGCUCCAGAAAGUUACAAGGCAAAGCGCUGGAAAGUACUUGUGCUCUGCAGUGAAUAGCGAGGGUGAAACUUUAAGCAACGAACUCGACUUCAGGGUUCAAUUUUCACCGUCGUGCCGAUUUAAUAAAACGAUUUUGGUGGGUGCAUCGAAGGAAGAAAGUGUCAACAUCACGUGCGAGGUCCAGGCAGAUCCUCCUGCCAAGUCAUAUCGGUGGAAAUUUAAUAAUUCCGGCGAAACGAUGGAAGUGGCGUCCGAGAUGUUCGUUGAUACGAGCAAUGGAACCAUAAGUAUGCUCAGUUACACGCCUAUUUCGGACUUGGAUUACGGAACACUCAGUUGCUGGGCCAUAAACGCUGUCGGUUACCAGAACGAACCCUGUUUAUUUCAAGUGGUCUCUGCAGGGAAGCCGUUUUCUGUCCGCAAUUGCACGUUAAUCAACCAGACGGCCACAGACGCGGCUGUAUCGUGCUUGGCCGGCUUCGACGGGGGACUCCCCCAGCAUUUCCUGCUCGAACUCUACUCCGACAGGAGACUGCCCACCGACGAACCCGUCAGCACGUAUAUCGCCCAUGACGAGCCCUAUUUUCUGCUCACGAAUCUCGAGCCGAACGUCAAUUUCAAAAUAAAAAUUUAUUCGGUUAACAUGAAAGGAAGAAGUAGCGCGGUCGUUAUCGAAGAUGUUACGGUCGGAGAAACGGAAAAGAGGACAGCGUUAGGAGGACAGCUGCCCCUAUCCCCUCUCCUGGGAAUACUCAUCGGGACCGCAAUCACCAUCGUACUCAUCGCCGUGAUUGUUACCUUCAGGGCAAGAAGGUAUCACACGAAAUCCGAGCAGGCCAUGUUCGAGCAAAAAGCCGAUAGAGUUUCGCAAAACCUCAUCCCGCCCUCCAGUAAACCGCUGCUUAGUAGAUUAUCCUCCAGAGAAACUUCAGAUGAAAGGGACCCCGAUAUCAUCCCCGUCAAAAGGGAUCCCCCUGACGAAUCAAGUUCGGAAACAACUGUGAUAGCGCAACAUUGGUACUGCACGCUCCCCAGUUCCACUGAAGAACCGCAGCACUGCCAGUACAGAAGUUCAAUAGUGGGCACCCUUCCAAAGGACGCGAGGCCUAAAGACUUACUUAUUAAUAACGGCCAUUCAACCACGCUGGAGAACGGCAUCGACCCGGAGUUUAAUGGAUUGGCCAUUAAAGAGAGACUCAUGGACACACGUCUACCAGAAAGCUGUGUUUAAAUUGGAACUUUACCUUUGCACAUCACCUAUCCGUAACUUAUUCAUCAGCUGUGAGAGUGUGUGAAACGGUGAGAGUUGGGCGGGGAACGGACAAGGACAUGUAAGGUUUAUUAAUGUUUAGCAUAUUCCCGUGUUAGUGAAUUGUUAGCGCUACAUGUCUAGUCAUUUAUCGUUUACGGUUUGGAGGUCUGCAUCUCUGGAAGUCGGCCAUCCUCACGAAGACUAAAACUGAUCCAUCAUUGGCAUUCCUCGAACAGCACAAGUCAGAUGUUAUUUAGGUAUGCGUUUGUUCUAUUCUAUUAUCAACUAUUCAAUUAAUUACAUUAACACUAACUGAAAUUAAUGAUUUGUAAAACUCAAAAAAGGUCGACAAAUAUACUUCGUUUACUUUCUGUAGCGAUGUGCCCCUUCUAAUGUCUUGGAUGCGCGCUGGCAAAAUCGUAG